CCCCGAGCUUGUCAUUGAUCGAUCAACACAAGGUCCGAAACUACAAACUCUGUGUACGGGAUAUGGAUCCAGGCUUAUAAGUUUCCUACUUCAAGGAUUAUUGUAAACAUACAAGCUCUUGCAUGUUCACAGUAAGCAACUCAUUUAUUUUCAGUUUUUUCUCGCAAAUUUUGACACGAGUGUUGGCCAUGUUGUUCAUUCAUAUCUUUGGAAGAAGUACGUCGGGUUUGCCGUGGACUUAUAAGUCUUGAUCCAGUAUAGCACAUGAAUGUAUCAUCCCCACACAAUGAAGCUGUUUCAAGACUUCUACCGGGUUUUAAUCUUAAUGAUUAUUUUGACCAUCCCUCUAUUCGUAUUCAUCUUAAGAGAUUAUGAAAUAAAUGUAACAAUAGUUCGUACUUCACACGCCAUCGGAAUAAAAUCGACGGAACACCAGAAAUCUACUAUACAUACUACUAUCAUGCAAACGGGUCUGCGGACACCCGGUAUCGAGCUUGAAACAGACGAUCGUCUCCAUGGUAACGAAACCAACGAUGCACGGAGAGAUUUGAAUAAUGCUGGUGCGGUGAACUUCACGCUUAAUUUACCUAUUGAUUUGGAAGAACACACGCCCUCUAUCGACGAAUUAUAUCAGAGGAUAGCAAUCGUUUCUGCCUUCUCCCAAAACCAUUAUCUCGAGGCAUUAUCCUUCAUCGCCAGUGCUCAAAAAUACAUGCCUGAUAAAAAGAUAAUCAUCUACGAUCUCGGAAUAAAAGAAUCAGUUAUACCUAAGGUUAAAAAGUUGUGCAACGUAGAACUUCGAUCAUUUCCUUGGCAGUCAUAUCCAGAUCACGUUAAGAACCUACACAAUUACGCUUGGAAACCUAUCAUAAUAGAUAUUACAUUGAGAGAAUUCGGUGCCAUCUUCUGGGGCGAUGCGUCUAUUCGUUUUAAAACCUCUUUGAAGGAUUUAAUACCCGCAUCCACACGUCACCAUGGAUACAUGAGUCACUGGCAUAGCUUCGAUCCGAAAACCAACACUAAAGUAAGACAUCAAUACUAUUUCACACAUCCCGAUAUGUACGCCAGCUUGGAUGUUGACAGAAGGAAAUACUAUGCAUCCAGAAACGAGGCUGCUUACCCAGCGGCAAAUCGGCAGCUUUACAUCAACGGCUCGGUGAUACAGCGCGCCGUUGUUCAGCCGAUGUUGAGAUGUUCGUUAAAACUUCAUUGCAUUGCUCCUGAAGGCUCGAAGAUAGGAGAACACCGUUACGACGCGUCUUUACUCGCCAUCCUGGUAUACAAAAACAUGAAAAAGGAAUGGACUCCACAAAAUAACGACAACGCCAUUUUCGACCGGACGAUCGAUAUUCAGAGGAGUACUAAAGGACACGAAAAAGCCCGGACAUGUGCAAAUCAAUGACUUCCGAUCGUGACUUUUGUUUUUCAACACUAGAAAUUGAUGACUUCCGAUUGUUUUGUAGUCUUUGUUUUUGUUUUCAAAUCUAAUCUGUGUUACAAAAUCGUCUCUCGCCAUCGUUUGCUAAUAUAAAUUUAAAAAAAAUCAUAUACAACGCACAUUUUUCAAACGAUUUCUCUCGUACAUAAUUUGAUGACGAAUGGUCGGGGUGGGGUGAGGGUAAUUUGAUUGGAGGCAAAGAGACAUAAAGGCCGGUAUCAUAAUUCACAAAGGAAGUUUAGUUAAACCAUGUUUUAAAAUUUAAACCAUGGUUUAGUUAGACCAUCGUUGGUGAAUCGCUCUGAGACCAUGGUCUAAAAUUUAGCCCGGGCUAAUUUAACCAUGGUUUAAAUUCAAAUUUAGCCCGGGCUUACUAAACCUCCUUUAUGAAUACCGGCCAAAAUUGAUAAUUACCCAAAAAGAAAAUAUAUGGAUUAUGUCAGUUACACGCAGGGGCGAUGUCAGGAUAUGUUGAAGGGGGGGGGGGUCAAGACGGCCUAUGAAUUUAAUGUAACUGUCUUAUUUGAAUUUUAAGGAUAUUAUAGAAGACCAGAGACCAGGGGCCCGUUUCAUAAAGGACUUGGAACUGUUGUAACUUUGCCAUAAGGGCAACUACCAUGGCAACAGGCCACAGCAGCCAGUCAUAAUCAAGGUUUCCAUGGUAGUUGUCAUAAUGACAAAGUUACAACAGUUGCAAGUCCUUUAUGAAAUGGGCCCCAGGACAUAUUUUUUUACACUCUUUUUCCUUAUUAUUUCUGUCUUCUCCACUCUUCUCCCACUUUUCACUGCUUGAAAAUCAUCAUAGCGGUAACGCCCCUGCCCCCUUGUGGCUCCGACCCUCGUUGCACGAACCAGGUAGGCCGAUGUGUUUCACAAAGCUGUUCAUAAGUUACGAGCGACUUUACGAUCGACUGAUGAGCCUUUCUUGUGUUAAAUGAUACACAACAAAUUUUAAUUGGUGCUGAUUAAGUUCAUAAGAAAGGGUCACCAGUCGAACGUAAAGUCGAUGGAACGUUACAAACAGCUUUAUGAAACACACAUGCACCAGUACAACUUAUUUUUCAAUACAUAAUUUGUUUUCCUUUUCUUUUCUUCACUUGUUUUUACCACUCGAAAAGUCAGAGAGGAUCGCCGCCUUCUGUCCCGCCCCUCUCCACUUAAGGUCACCUUGCGUUUCAUCAACAUUUUUCAUUUGACAAAUUGUCAUCUGACAACUUCUCGAUUUUGAUUGGCUGAGACGUUCAUAAAAAUGUCCGACAAGUUCUUUCAUGAAACGUUCCCCUUGAUGAAAAAAAAAAUCACCAUUAAAAAUCGAUGAAGUCUUAAAUAAAACAACUCGUAGUAACAAUUCGAUGAUAGGAUAUAAACUGAACCUAGGCUUCAGAAAUAGUGUUUCAAAUUCAUGAUUCAAAAUAGUGGAAGAAAAAACGGGCAAGAUAUUAUGGAAUAACACCUCCCAGAUAUCUCCAAUUGAUAAUCUUCUUUCUUUUUACUCUUUUUCCUUCCCCUCUCUUUCUUUCUCUUUUCACCCCUUCUCCUGUGACUAAAUCACAAUAUCAGCAUCUAUAUGUUUAAUGUGUGCAUUAUUAUGAAUAUCUAUUUAAAAAGACGUUUGCCGCUGAAGAUGUUAUCUCAUAUACAUGUUAGUUCAAAUAAAAACUUUGUAAUAUUAUAGUUUUAUACAUAAUUAUUUGAACAUUAGCAACAUACAAUUUACAUGUCUUAUAGUAGGGCACACCAAUUUAUACUCAAGCGAGUAAAAAAAAAGUUUUUUAUUAUCAGUGAAAUUAUGGAGUGCUAAAUAUAUUAUAUAACAAACUACAUAAUAAUGAUUCUAUACCUUCUCAUCUUUGGCGCCUUUAUUUUAGCCAGUCUCCAUUAUUAAGAAAAGAGCAUAUAGGUCCGUAUCUUGUAGCAUUAUUUGUCAAAUCAGUUUGUUACAUAUUUCACUUGAACUAAUAUAAUGUUAACAGUACGAAUUUAUAUGAAGAAAUAAUUCAUGUUGAAUAAAUAAACACGAUUGUGCACGUUUCAGUUUGAAGAAC